AUGACUUCUAGUCAGAGGAGCCAAUGCAGCAAGGGCUCCAGCUGGCAAGAAUCGAAGGAUCCAAGCCCCUCAGAGGAUGUAAUCAUCCCUCAGAUACUGCGCCAUGUGUUCUUAAAUGACAAGUUAGAAAAAUUGGUGCCAUUCCUGUUCCACAAGUAUCAAAAGAAUGAGCUGAUCACCAUGGAAGAAAUGCUGAACACUGUGGACCAUGAUUACCAUAAACAGUUCCCUCUGAUCUUCAGGGAUUUCUGUAAGUGCCUGUCUGUAGGCUUUGGCAUUGAUAUGAGGGAAGUGGAACCCCUUAGCCACAUAUAUGUCCUUGUCCCCAUAUUAGGCCUCACUUACAAUGGAUUACUGAAUGAUGAGCAUAAGAGCUUUCCUCCAAUCAGUGUCCUGAUAGUCAUCCUGACUAUCAUCUUCAUAAAGGGCAACUGUGCCAGUGAGGCAGACAUAGCAGAAGUACUGAGGAUUAGGAAGAUGUUAGCUCAGAAAGAUAAUAUUGAAAUUGGGGAGCCCUGGAAAUUCAUCACCGUGGAUUUGGUACGGGAACAGUACUUGGAAUAUCGGCAGGUUCCUAAUAGUUACCCAGCUUCUUAUGAGUUCCUGUGGGGUCCAAGGGCCCAUGCUGAAACCAGCAAGAUGAAACUUCUAGAACAUUUGGCCAGGCUUCAUAGGAGAGAUCCCCGUUCCUACCCAAUUCUGUAUGAUGAGGCUGUGAGAGAGGAACAAGGUAUAGUCAAGGCCUUCAAAUGGGCCAAGUGGAUUCCAAAGAUAUGGAGUGUUCCAAAGCCACAUGACUAG